CGGUCUUGACAAAGACGUGCAUGCAAUUUGGUAUUUGGACCCCGGCACAUGGGACCCUCACAACUCAGUUCCGAUUGCGCUACGUAAGAUCCACAAACAUCGUCGACAAUGUGGUCAUUCCUCUCUGGACGCUCAAACAGCACUUUACACUCGAUCGACUUCCCAUUACAAGCUUUACAAGAUGCUAUCUCCACUGGCAACGAGAGCAACGUCUGGAAAGUGCUACGUCAACAGCGUAUCCGCAACGAGCUUAUCCACAGCACUACGACUCACAAAGUACCAAGGGAUGCGCAACAGCAGAAAUGCAAUGUCUUUACAUGCGUCCAAGCUGCUGUUCAGGAAAAUCUGCCUCGCGUCGUGCUCGCAAUGUACCGCUUCAAUCAAGACGACGUUCGACUCGCGACGUGGUAUGCGCUUUACCGUCUGAAGAGCGAUCAAAAGGUUAAACUCUCGCGUGAUCUAAUAGCACUUGCUCAAACUCAACGUCGCCUGUGGCUCUGGGAUCGUAUUGGAGCGCUUGUGCUGCUUCGACAUAGGCAAGUCACUCCACGGCGAGCCAGUCAACGACAGGUCUACGCUGUACAUCCCGUCGCGUUGACCCCUGUCGAAGCAUUCAAGAUCAUUCUGAGCUUCAUUGACUUGCACGAAAGUCGAGAAGCUCGCUUGCUUAAGUUCCUUAUUGAAGCACGACAGUGUCCGAUAUGUUCGAGAUUAUGUAUCCCCGGUCAUUGUAAGGCCGGACGUCUGCGCAAGAUGGAGAGACGAGUAUCCAAGCGGCCAUGACUUUUAUAUUAUCAUUAUUUCUCCGUCCCCCCCAUUCAGUAAUAUCUCCUUUUUUUUUAUCAUGUAACCCUCGUAGCCCCCUGAGUAACCUCC